AUUUCCAUACUACAUUCUCACCAAAUCGGACACUUUUCUGGUCACAAGUUUCUGAAAAUGAGACUAAAUUCGGAACAAAUUUCGAAAAUUGUACAAAUCUUCGAGCAGGAUCCUACCCUUUUGAAUAAUCAUAACAUGGUGGCAGUUCAUUUAGGAACGGAGCGCACACUUGUUGCACAACUUAAGCUUCAACUACUCGCCGGAACGAUAACUUUUGCCGAGUUUUUUUCCAAAGUUUUAGCCGACUGGGUCACUUCCAAUGGGGAGAAUGCGACAGUUUCCAAACUUUGUGAAGAGCUGAGAGAAAUGCAAUUCAUCAUGGUUGCUGAAAUGAUUGAGACACAAGUUCCGGUCGCAACUAGCAGUGCAGCAUUACACGAAGGAGACUAACGAAUACAUGUACACACUUUUUACACAAAAUUUUCGUGAAAUUUACAUAUUUAUUGGAAUUGAUUUCCCAAAUUUUGUACCAUAAAUAUAAACGUUUCAAUAAAUACAGGCACGU